AUGACACAACAGCGGUUGGCCACCAUUGACAUGGUGAACGACUGUGAUGGCUUCCCCGACCUCGAGACGAACCCCAGAGGAUAUGCAGACCAGCUAAGCAGACUCUACACCCUCGUCUGGGAAGAUGACCAAGGCGCCUUCCCUAUCGGUUACCUCCCCAUCACUGUCCUCGAUGCCCUCAGAAAGACCCCCGCCAGUAUCCGCGGCCGUCUCGAUAUCAACCCCACCGCCAGAACCGCCGCCCUAUGGCAGAACCUCAAGUCCUACGAAGAGCGCACCAAGCAAGCCGCCCAACUGACCUCCUACUGGCGCAAGAACCAAACCUUCCGCCUCCUCAGAGGAUGGCGCAACGAAAUGUGGCCCGUCUACGGCCGCAACGGCGAGCUCCUCAUGAGCAUCGAGCGAGCAGCCAUGGGCCUCUUUGGCACCACUCGCUACGGAGUACACAUGACGGCCUACCUCCGUCGCAAAGACAACACGAGCGUCUACGACUUCCGCAUCUGGGUCCCCAAGCGCUCCAGCAACAAGUCAACUUACCCCGGCAUGCUGGACAACACCGUUGCCGGCGGGCUCAUGACCCACGAGGAUCCCUUCGAAUGUAUCAUCCGCGAGGCUGACGAGGAGGCGUCCCUCCCCGAAGAUGUCAUGCGCCGGAGCGCGGUGGAAACCGGCACUGUCACUUACAUCUUCAUCACGGAUGAACGGUCAGGAGGAGAGCCAGGGUACAUCUACCCCGAGUGCCAAUGGGUCUAUGAUCUCGAACUGCCGUCUGAUGGGAGCGUCGUCCCCAAGCCCAAGGAUGGCGAGGUGGAGAGCUUUAGUCUACAUACGGUGGAGGAGAUCCAGGAGCAGCUUGCCCAAGGGUUGUGGAAACCCAAUUGCGCCAUGGUCAUGCUCGAUUUCCUUGCGAGACACGGUGUCUACACUCCGGAAAACGAGCCAUACUAUGAUCAGAUUUGCGCCCGGGCCCAUCGCUUCAUUCCCUUUCCUGGACCACACUGGGAUUACCAGCAUCCUGAUACGAGGUGUUGAAGAACAAGAAGCUAGCUCCGUGUCUGGAUAUUUCUUCUGUCAUUGCCCCCAUCCUCCAGCUUUUUUUUUUUGUUCCUGUCCAUAAAUUUGUUCCUUUUGCACCCUUAACGCCAGAUUCCCCA